AUGGCAAUGGAUCGCAUGAGGAGCUCCAGCUUGGAGCCCAGCCUCGUUGUGAACAUCAACGUUGGCCCCACGCAGCCUGUCGGUCAAGCGGAACCGUUCAAACGAGUUGGCAGCUUGACUUUGCCAGUGCGUGGAACUCCCAUCGAUUCCACAGUGGCGCCCGGAUCAGCCAGUGUCUCUCUUCCAGCGUAUCCUCCCCUAUUCAAGGAUUUGCUUGUGUCACAGCUUGGCUUUCCAGGGGUCCAGGUGGUGCAGGCAACUGUUUCUCCGCCCAAACUGACUCAUACUGCGCCAGCGCGGCCUUUACAGCCAACUCUUGUCGCAUCUAAUGUGACUUCCAUCGGGAGUGUCGGACACAACUAUCGAGCAGGGGAUCGAGUGGAGAUUCUCGUUUCAGAUGAGGUUUGGGAGGCUGCAACCGUCGAAGAGGUGAUGACUGCCACAAAAAAGGUCAAUGGAGUACCCUUUCAUGAAGGAGUGGUGAAAGUGCGCUGCGACAAUGGGCUUGUCACUCUACUUUCCACGGCUGCUGCGCACAGGCUUCGAAAGUCUUGCAGGAACAGCUGCGCUGGUAGUCCCACGAAGCGCGCGGCCGAAGCAAGGAGCAGAAGCCCCUCUACAAGAUCCGGCCCGUCCAUAGUGGAGCUAGAAGAAAGUGCUGAAGUUGCAUUGGAAGAAAGCCCAAGGACCGGCGUCCCUUUCACAAGUACCCUGAAGAGUGAAGCUCAAGUGCCUGUCAGCACCACUGGUGUGAAAGCCAUUGAGGAUAAUCGUCUUCUCAGAAACGCUUGGCGUGUUGAUGAUUUGGGUGUGCCAAACCUGGAGCCCUUGAACGCUGGGCUUCAGCCACUGACAGCAUCACGCUCAAGGCCAAGACAGACCAAGACCAAAGAUGUUGAUUGGUCCUUGCAGAUUGGUCGUCCAACAUUCUUCGCCUAUUUUGCAAGAUGCAUCAAUGGCCUUUGUAGUUCCGAUGCGGUGGCGAGUAAGAAACCUCCACCCGCUCCUUGGUCGUCCUUGGGCCUCGCGAGUCCAGGCAGCGAUUUCGACCUCCGCCCAAUCGAGGCAGAGAAGAACGAGGUGGUACUUAUUGUGGACGAGACCCUCGACACUUACACCUCGCCAAAGCCUGCGACAUUAGCGGACGGUCCAAUCGAGGCAGAGACGGUCCAAUCGGCGACUGUGGUCGUCGAACCCCUGGUCAUUGCCCCGCACGUACUCCUCAUGAAGGCGAAGGCUCCAGUUGUUGCGCCGACGGGGCGAUAUCAGUUGCAGAAGGACAUGAACUUCUUGACUCAGCACUUUGGGUGUGAGAAUGGGAAAUUUGGAGGGUAUCACAACGGCGAGCUGCUGAUGCAAAAGGGUGACACGUACAUUCGGGACUACUUUGGCCUCUUCGACACUGCGACCUACAAGUUUGAAGCGCCAGAUGGGAAUGUGGUCGUGUGGCGCUGCGCCAUCGACUUGCGGAAAAGCACACACGACAUGGACUUCAAGGUGUUGUACCAUUUCACAGACGAGAUGGGCUUCGUCAAUAUUGUUGGCUGCGAAAAAUCUAUAAACCAGAUUUUUGCUUCCUUCAAAGACCGGGCUCAUUUCGGUGACGGUGUCUACGCUACGCAACAUGAACCUGCUGUGUGGAAUUCGCGCGGCCGGUGUUUGCUCAACAAUUACGACCGGGGAGACCCAACGCGUCCCAACAUCGAUGAUGAUACUUUCAAGAACAGGGACAAAGAGUGGGGCACUGGCAACAAGAACGGCCAUCGGGUAGCAUUUUGUGUUCCUCUCCUGGUUCCGAAAGGAAGCUACUUCAACGUUCAAGAGGAUGGGCCGAAAACACACAUUGCCGCAGGCCACGAUGUGCAUGGGAACUUCAUUCACGAGAAACGUGAUGUAUGGGUCAUCAAAUACAAAAAGGAAAAGGAUGGCAAGGAAGCUUCAGCCGAUGACAGCGAUUCAGACAUUUUCUCUGAGGGAGAUUUCGAGAUUGAUAGCGACACCGACAGUGAUUGUGGCAGUUCGACAUCCAACGAGUCGAUCGCCCAUAGCGACUCUGGUAGUUCGACUUCUAACGAAUCGAACGCAAGUUCGAAUCAGAACAAACCUAGCGACAUUUGCAACGCUGGACUCGAAGCACAGCGCUUGCUGAAGUGCAUGCGAAAGCGGAGCGAGAGUAUUCGGAAGAAAUUCAGCCAGUUGAUCAGUGUAACCGGUGCAGACAACAAUAUGAAAAUCGCGAUUCUCGAGGAACGCUUUGACCUUUUGUACGAACUCGGAAAUCGAUAUUUGGCUCGUGGUCUUCAUGAGGAAGCUUUGUCAAAGAUGGAGGAUUGCAAGAAACUGGGCGAGAGGCACUUUGGGAAACAACAUCAGUUCACUUUGCUUGCUCGCGAUGGUGUUGGACGAGCCCAAUUGGCCCAGGGGAACCGGUUUCCACAAGCUGUCGAAACCCUCCAAGGAGCGAAGAGAAGUGCGGAAAAUCUGGGCAAGAAGCAUCCGGUCUACAUGCGAUGCACGUUCUCUUUAGUCCCAGUCCUUCAGCAACUCUCACGCCAGGGAAAUGAAUAUAUAUUGGAGGAUGCUAGACAGAUGUUCAAAGAGACAUUUGAACACUACGAAGAGUGGCUGGGCGAAAGAGGCGAGAAGUUCCCUGACAUCGAAGCCUUGAAGCAGAUGCGCAGGCAUGCUUCUCUUCUUUACUCCAAGAAUGACAAGGAUGCCAAAGAUGAAGCUUUGAGCAUGCUGAACGAUGUCAUGGUGCAGCGCCAGAAGCUUAAAUUCCGCAAAAGCUCGGGUCAAGAGAGAAGAAGCUGGGAAAAAAAGCACGCUGAAACCGGUCUGGUUAAACGUGAUUUGGCAAAUCUGUGGGCGGCUUGCACCAGCGGAAUCUCUGACAAGUAUUACGUAGAUGCUAUGGAGAUUUGCAACAAGGAGCUGGGCAGGUUCCAUGUGGAUUCCCUUCGCUGCCUUUCUCAGCGCAUCAACUUCUUGGUAAAACCGGACUACACAGAAGAUUUGGUCCAUGAGCUAAUGAUUGCGAUCAGAAGAAUCUUGGAAGAGGAAGACAAGAAGGAGGCAGAAAGCCUUUUGGGCCUUCUCCGAGGUCCACUUCAGCAACUUCUAGAGAUUCAGCAAGACAGAAAGGAUGAGAAGACUAAGGAGGUCAAUAAGCUCAUAGAGGAUCUUGAAAAGGAGUGGGAAAAGCAGAGAGAAGGUAUGACAGAGAAAGGCCUUGAAACCUUCCUCCAGGAAUAUGCGAUCGGCAUGACCUACCUUGAGAUUAGCAGGGUAGAAGAGGCCAAGGAGUCGUUUAAAAGGCUUGAGGAGAUUUACAACAAGCUCACCGGCAAGGAUGGCAAAUAUGCAAAGAAAAAACUUAUGGAUGCCAAGUACAACCUCGCCUUUUUGGAAUUGGAUGCCAAGUGCUCCAAGAAGAAACUCCGUGAGCUUUUAAAGUCCUGUGGGAAUGACACGGAAGCCAUUUCCGAGCAGAUGAAGAAAAUGGAAGGGAUGAUGGUCUUAUAUGGUGAGCAGGGCCGGAAGUACCCGAAGUUCCUACAAGAGGUGCUACAACAGUUUGAAGAUAAGCGAAAGGAACUAGAAGAUGCCACCAAGGAUGACAAAUCUCCGACUCUGGAAUCAGAAGCAAGGAAAGUUAUGGAGAAAGUGGAAGAGGAUGUAGAGGAGGAUGGAGAUGAAGAAGAAUCAGCGGAAAGGAAUGAGGAAAAGGACUUGGUGCCAGAGCUCGAGGCAUCUUUAAAUGCAUCUUUCAUCUGUCGCCAGGCCUCGCCGCACUCAACGCUGACACAGCAGGCGCCUCGAGUAUUCUCCUCGCCUGGAUUCUCCACGCCUGCGCCAAAUUUCAUCAAUCAGGUGCCACGUGCGCCACCAUCAAUUACUGCUGCGUUUACCGCUCAGGCGCCUGUGGUAUUCUCCUCGCCUCAAUUCUCCACGCCUGCGCCAACUUUCAUCAAUCAGGCGCCUCGGCCUAUGCAACUUUCGACCCACGCGCAAAGAUAUGACCCAAGACUGUUCAAGACUUCUCCAGUUCAUAUCCUCCAGCAGGCAGCCGCACCGAGAACAGCAUCCAGUUUCCAGCCCUGCAGUCGAUUGCGCUGGUGA